AUGCCUGAAUCAAACACACCUCCGCGCAAAACCGUCCUCAUUACAGGCUGCAGCAAUGGUGGCAUCGGCUCGGCGCUAGUCGAAACGUUCCACGAGCGCGGCCUCCACGUCUUCGCGACCGCACGCACCCUCUCGAAGAUGUCGCAGAUCGAAAAGCUCCCCAAUGUGACUCUCCUACAGCUUGACGUCUUGUCGCAAUCCAGUAUCGACGCGGCCGUUGAAGCCGUCACUGCCCAAACCGGCGGCAAACUCGACUACCUGAUCAACAACUCCGGACAGUCCUGCAUUCAACCCGCGUUAGAGACUUCCAUUGAGCGCGCCAGGGAGAUCCACGAUGUCAACUUCUGGGGCACUGUCCGCGUCACGCACGCCUUCUCGCCGUUGGUUAUCGCGUCCAAAGGAACCAUCGCCAAUGUCUGCUCUAUUGCGGCGGUGUUGCAUGUUGCUUGGGGUGCAUUCUACAACUCCUCCAAAGCCGCCGUCCGCUCAUACAGCGAAACACUUCGCGUCGAGCUGGCCCCUCUCGGUGUAAAAGUGAUCACCGUGAUGGCCGGCGUUGUCGGCACGAACAUCUUUGAGAACCACCCCGAAGCAAAUCUCUCCGACUCCUCGCCAUGGAAACCUGCAGAGGACGUGAUCCAAGGUCAGGCAGCCGGGUCAAUGACCGAAGGAGCUAUGCCGCGGUCGGUGUUUGCGCGCCACGUCGCGGACAGUGUACUUGGCGGCGCGACAGGGAUGACUUGGGUGGGGAAGAUGGCCUCAUUCGCGUACUGGAUUUCGGGAUUCUUGCCGAUUUGGAUGCUGGAUCGUAUCAUAAUCUAUUCGGGUGGGCUGGAUCGGUGUUAA